GGCCACAGAUGGCAAGGAGCAUGUGGGCGUUCGGACGCCGCUCGGCUGCCGGCCUCCUCUCCCGUUUGGCGUUCCUGGGCUCGGCCCAGACCCAAGCUGGAACCCCACGGCCGGCCAGGAACAUCCCACUCAACGGCCGCCGCUACCUGCGCGCCAGGAGGGCCGCGGCCUGCGCGCCCAGCCACGCGGGCUUGAGCAUCCACUGCCUCAACCAGAUGCUGAAUGUCAAAAAGCAGAGUGUCUGUUUGAUGAACUUGAGGACAACAGGAACUUUGGGCGACGCAGGCUCUCUGGAUGACACCACCUAUGAAAGACUGGCAGGGGAGACCCUGGACUCCUUGGCAGAGUUUUUUGAAGACCUUGCAGACAAACCUUACACAUGUGAAGACUAUGAUGUCUCCUUUGGGAAUGGUGUUUUAACAAUUAAGCUGGGUGGAGACCUAGGAACCUACGUGAUCAACAAGCAGACCCCAAACAAGCAGAUCUGGUUAUCUUCACCAUCCAGAGUCCAGCCAUCCGCUCUGGGGCGCUGUGUCCUUGUAAAUGCGGGCGGGGCACCAGGACAACUGUGUGGUGCCGCUAAAGAAUCCGUGCUGUGUCUGGAAACUGGAAAGGUCCAUGUCGUAUUUGGACACAACUACCAGCAAUAUGAUCCUACCCCAGUGGACCCAAGCGCUACAACUGGACUGGGAAAAACUGGGUCUACGCCCACGACGGUGUGUCCCUGCAUGAGCUGCUGGCCACAGAGAUGACCAAAGCCUUAAAAACCAAAGUGGACUUGUCUUCUCUGGCCUAUUCUGGAAAAGACACUUGAUGCCCAUCCCAGUUCUAAAGACAUUAGAAGCUAUAAAGCCAAGACCCCAGCUUCCUUCUACAGCUGAAUGUCUAGUUUAUUCCAGUUCUGCUUUUGAGGCCAGUUGCAUUGUGGGUAACAGCUCUGGGAAAAGAAUACGUCACCUCUCACCCUACCUCUGACUUCGGAUUUUCAAUUUCCAUAGUGUUUUUGGAUUUAUUGUCUGAUUUCCUCCCUCACAUGAUGUCUGUAUCUUUAUAAUGCCUGUAUAUCCAUACGUUUAUAUAUGACCUUGCAACAAAGAACAAUGAUAAGGAAAUAUUCUGAGGAGAAGUGAAUUGGCUCCACUAUUCAUUCUUUGAAGGACUUAGUGCAAAACUGCAUGAAGAGGGACUGGCCGAUCUCACUAUUCUGUCUCAAAAUGAGACGCAUUAAAAAGUAGCCUAGAAAUGUUCCCACGCCUCUGGAACGUAAACACUUCGAAGCCUGUUGCUACUGAAGUGCCAGUGUCAACUCGGGAAUUCUCAAACCCAAGCCCAUUCUCUGUGUGCUUUGUGUCUGCCAGGGUGUAUGUAGCCUGCAAGGGUGACUCGGAGGUAUGGUGCUGUUUCUCCCAUACGUACAUAUAUAUAUGUGCAUGCACAGUUAAAUAUGUGUGUAUGUGUAUAUUUUUUUAAUACAUAUUUUUUUAAAUCUUAAGGUCAGUAUAGAAUCAACUGCUGCAGUUCAGGUCUGAGAAUGCAGUAUAUCUCCCAACGACAAGAGCAGAGAAAACCAUCUCCAUUAGCUCGUGCAUAUUGUAUAAUAAAUGCACUAAGGGAGCUGAGGAAGCUCUCAGUUAACUGUGAAGGGCCAUCCAAGUAAGAGAGAUGUUUGUGUUGAUGCAAAGAACCCUAGUUUACACUUGGCUCAGCCCAAAGUGCUGUCUGUCUCUGGGCAGGUUUCUUGCACUCGCUGGACCUCAUGUAAAAUGAGAUGGUUGAACUGGACAGAGUAUAGUGGAUUCCCAGUUCAGACAUGCAGCAUUCCCGUCAGGCAGCCUAACAGGCUAGCUUUUGUUACCCCUGGCAGAUGAGGCGAUGACAGGAACAAUUUUUUUAAGCUAUAGAGUAAAAUAAAUGGUUAUUAGAAUUCCUUGAAUGUCCAUUGAGUUCGUGUUCAAAUAAUAACCAUCCUUUAUUGUGCCCUUGCUGUGCUAAGCCUGUGCUCUAGUUUGAAUGUUUAUGUUCCCCCAAAAUUCAUCUGUUGAGUCCUUAUCCCCGAAGGGAUGGUAUUAGAAAGUAGGCGUUUGGGAAAUGAUUAGGUCUUAAGGGGUGAGCCCUCACGAAUGGAAUUGGUCUCCUUAUCAAAUAAACUCCAGAGAGCUCCCUCCCUCCUACCAUGUGAGGACACUGCUGUUGAUGGGCCAGGAAGUGGGCCCUCAGCAGACACUGAAUCUGCUGGGGCCUUGAUCUCAGACUUCCCUGCCUCCAGACCUGUGAGAAGCACCUUUCUGUUGUUUGUAAACCAUCCAGCCUGUAGUAUCUGUUCAGCAGCCUGAAUGGACUGAGACAGCCCACAACACUGUGUGACCUCAUUUUAAUACCUUCGGAACAUUAAAACUCAUCCAACCGUAUAGCCAUUAUUUUCUUACUAAAAGAUGUAUUAAGUUAACAAUAAAACAAUGUAAACACAU